CUGGUUAAUUAUUAUUACCACAGUUUAGUUUUUACUCGGUUUUCUUGAUUGUGGUCACUUUUCCCUUGGUCAGUUAAUCUUUUAGUUCUGUUGUCACCAUUGUGGUUUCUCGUUGUUUUUACUUUGGUGUUGAUAGAAAUUAUUUUAUAUCAAAAUGUGUUCUGAUUGUGUUUUAACCAAAUUGGAUGAAAAAUUUCACCGAGCCAACGGAACUGGAUCAACGGAUAAUAUCUGUGCUAAUCUACCAGAUAAUGAUAAUUGUGAUGAUGAUGAUUUAGCUGAUGAAGAGGAAGACGAAGAUGAAUCAACUUCAAUUGAUAAUCUAACAAUUAACCAAUUACUUAUUGUGGACAAAGGUGAUAACGGUAAUUUAGAUUAUGUUGAUACAUUCAAACCAACGGUGACCCAUAAUCUUGACCAUAGGGAUCAAAGUAGUGACCAGUCAUCAUCAUCAUCAUCUUUAUUAUCGUCAACACCAUCUACAUCAUCAUUAUCAUCAAAUCAACAAGAGGAUAAGAAAACAAUUGAAGAUGAAAAUGAUGACAAGUGUGAGGAUGAGAAUACAUUUGAUUAUCGACAUUAUCAGAAAAAUUCAAAUCGUAAACGUAGUAUAACGAGUCACCUUCCAUUGAUGAGUUUAAUUCAACGAAUGAGGAAUUCACGUCGUAAAAGUAUUCGAGUACUUCGAGAAGGCUGGAUGGUUCAUUAUACUGAUCGAGAUCCAAGGGAAAAACGUCACUUUUGGAGAUUAACACCGAAAUCAUUGACGAUGUUUCUAAAUGAUCACUCGGUUAAAUAUUAUCGAGAGAUCCCGUUAUCAGAGAUAAUCGCAAUCAUCCCUUGUUCUAAUACUGAAGAUCACUGUUUUGAACUUCGAACUUCAAAUUUUGACCUUUUCUGUGGUCAACCUGAUGAUAGUUCAUCUUCUUGGGAAUCGGCACUUCGAGAAGCCUUGAUGAACGGUGAAUUUCAACACGUGGUAAAAGAAGCGGUAACAAUUAACUUGUCGACACCAAAUGACCCCAACAAUAAGUCAACAAAUACCGAUGAUCUUAGUCUUCAAUAUCAAAUUUUCCCCGAUGAAAUAUUGGGCUCAGGUCAGUAUGGGACAGUCUAUGGUGGUGUCCAUCGUAAAUCUGGCCGUGAAAUAGCAAUCAAGGUGAUUGAUAAAACUCGAUUCCCACGAAAGCAAGAAGAACAAUUAAAAAACGAAGUGUCUAUAUUACAAUCGAUUAAACAUCCGGGAAUAGUUAAUCUCGAAAAAAUGUUCGAAACGCCUGAGAGGAUUUUCGUUGUCAUGGAGAAACUUCAAGGUGACAUGUUGGGAAUGAUUCUAUCAUCAGAUACAAGAAGACUUUCCGAAAAGAAGACCAAAUUUCUUGUCUAUCAGAUACUGAUCGCCUUGAAGUACCUUCACUCAAGGAACAUCGUCCAUUGUGACUUGAAACCGGAAAAUGUGCUUCUCUCCUCAGACGAUGAAUAUCCUCAUGUUAAAUUGUGCGAUUUUGGUUUCGCUCGAAUCAUUGGUGAAAAAUCAUUCCUACGAAGUAUCGUCGGUACACCGGCCUAUUUAGCACCGGAGGUUUUAAGGAACAAAUCUUAUAAUCGAUCACUGGACAUGUGGUCACUCGGUGUUAUAAUCUAUGUGAGCCUAUCGGGAACUUUUCCUUUCAGUGAGGAAAGUGAAAUGAUGACUGACCAUCACCAUAAUAAUAAUAAUAAUAAUAAUCCUUAUCAUCAUCACCAUCAAUCAACCUCAUCGUUUCUUUACCCACCCGAUCCUUGGGAUUCAAUUAGUUUCCAGGCCAAAGAUCUCAUUGAAAACCUGCUUCAGGUUAAACCGAGGAAAAGGUUGACCGUGGAAAAGGCAUUAAGUCAUUUAUGGUUUGAUGAUUCCAAGGUUAAAUCUGAUCUUAUUAAAUUGAAAAUCUACCCUAGUCAACUUAUCUUCCAGGAAGAGAGGCCUAACCUUGCUGAAAUAAAUCGUAAACGAUGUUCACUUCCUCACAUUUUUUCAUUCUCAUCUUUUGAUCGGCAUCACAAGAAGUAUCAUCACCAUAAGGAAGCGGAAAUCAUUCCAAAUAUUGGCUCUAAUUUGGAUGUCAAUAGUAUCUAUGAGCCAAAACGAACCAGUAUAACAUCAGCAUUAAAUUCAACACUUAAAAGUUUCCUUUUGAACACAACUACCGCUGGAAGACAUUCGUUUUCAAAAGCAAAUUGUUACAAUCAAGAUCAACAAGUUAAUCAACUUCAUUCAAAAAUUGUCACUUAAUUAUCUUAAACAGCUGAGACUGUCAAAACAGCUUAUACAUGUAUUACUGGACUCUCAAGACUUUUAAACAAUGAUAAAUCUCAUCUAAAUAUAUACUCGAGCUUCAAUUGAUUAAUAAGUUUCAUUCAAUUCUCAACUAUGUCUAACAAUUAAACCUUAUUAUCUUGGUGCAUCAUUUUAAUUUUAUACAAUUGCUAAAAUUUCCCAUGUCUUUUUUUACGAUGAUAAUAAAUUAAAAGAAAUUGCAAA